AUGCCGGGAAGUGGAAAAUCGAAUAUGAAAUCCAUUGAUAACUCUCGCAAGUUUGCAGAAGGAAAAAGAUGUGCUUUGGAUAUCAUCAAUAACGUUGGAAACCUUUUUCAAACUGUUGACAAAGCUAUGCAUGAAGCUCGAGAUGAUGACAAGACUAUUUUUGAAACGUACAAGAAAACGAAGAACUGGUUUAAAGAAUGUAAAAGAUUUUAUAAAAAUGAGAAGCUAAAGGUGGCUAUUUUUGGGAGCACUUCAAGUGGUAAGAGCACAACAGUAAAUGCUAUCCUUCACAAAACACUUUUACCCUCGGGAAUGGGACAUGUAACCAAUUGUAUUUAUAAAAUCGAGGGUUCUGAUGAUGGAAAAAGAGAAGAAAUUACUUUCAAAAUCGAUGAAGGCGAAGAGGAAGAUAUAUCGAAAUUAAAGGAAUAUCUGGACCAUGAGCAAGGAGGGGAUUUGUCUUUAGACCGUGUUGUUUACAUCACCUGUCCAAAACUCGAAUAUUCUGCAUUGAAAGAUGUUAUUAUACUAGACUGUCCAGGAUUGAGUAGAUCAAGGGAGCAUGACAGAUUGAUUUCUGACCAUUGUAAAGACGCAGAUGUCUUCGUUCACGUGGUAGAUGCAAAAUCGACAAUUCGUACAACG